AUGCAGGCUCCUGUCCCACUGCCUGGCGCCUUCUGCCUGGAAGCUGGAUUCUUGGCAGCCCUGGCCUCGCGUUGGAACGGCCCCAAGCCUGGCCGGAAACCAUCGAGGGGGAGGCGUGGGUCAGGUCAGCUCCCUGAAUGGGACCAGCAUGGGCCCUGCCGCCCACCUAGUGGGGGCACGAAGGUGGGCACCAGGCCCACGGGGGUCCCGGCGCUCUUCAUGCUGCCGGCUGUGGGGCGACAGUCUGUCAGGACAGGCGGGAGCUGCGGGGCUGAUCCCCGGACCCUGCCCUGCCCCUGGGCUGCCCAGGCUGCAGACCGGAGGGGCAACCGGGCCAGGUCCCCAGGGGUCCCGCAGACCCUCUUCAGAACCGAGUGGCUCCGGGGACCCCAGGUAUCCGCCCCCCAGGCCCACAGACCCCGUGUCCCCUUCGCCCCUGCCCCUGCCUCGCCAUUGGCACAGACCGUGGCCGUGGAUGAGGCCCGGUGGCCUGGAGAAGGGGGAACUGCUUCUUCAGGUGCCCCUCCAGCCCCCCACCCAGUCCUCCUGCAAGUGGGGCUGCAGGGCACCCUGAGCAGAGGGGGCUUGGGUGGGGGCUGGGAUCUGGCCCAGCUGCAGCUCGGCCUGCCCGUGGUGGGCAGCGCGGGCUGGGCCAUCUCUGCCCUCCCAGUGGUCACGUGCUGGAUGUGGGGUGGCACGGCUCCCCGGCACCCGCUGAAAGCCCAGACGCUGUUCCUGGCAGAUCAGGCGCUGCUCCCUGGUUCUCAUCGGGACGGGCAGGUUCCUCCCCUCUCCGGGCCCAGCGCAGCAUCCAGCAGCUCUGGGCGUGGCUGGGCUCAGGCCUUCCGUGGGCCUGGCAGACACGGGGGCCCAAGGCUGGUCACGGCCGGCCCGAGGCUACUCCUGGCCAGCAGGGCCCAGGGCCGGCCGGCCGCCUCUGGAGAGGCGGAGGGGCUGCAGCGCUCUGCCUUCGAGAGGGCCCAGCAGGGCGGCGGGGAGAGUGGCCUGCCCCCGCCACAGCCCCGCGUGCCCCCGGCCUCCCGUGGGUGUGACCCGCCGCCUCGGGCCCCGGAGCAGGUGGCAUCCAGAAGCACCGGCGCAGUGCGGGGGGAGCUGCUGGAGCUGAAGCCUGUGCCUGCGCCUGUGGGAGGCUGGGUGCACGGCCUCAGGGCAGGAGGGGCCUGUGGGCACCACGCUCCUGGGCGCAGCCAUGGAGGGUGGGCCCUCCUGGGCCCCUGCGGCCCCGACGGGACCCCGAGCCAGCACGGCUUCGUGUGGGGCCUGGCUCUCCCGGGGCCGCCGUGCAGCCCCCUGAUUCUGGAAGUCGUCUCACCUCGUGGCCUGACCGUGCCGGGCUGGCCCCGGGCUCCGCGCGUCUCCCGGUCCCGCUGGGGCAGCGAGGCCACCCCUCGGGCCUCGACCUGGGUCCUCGGGCCUCGGCCUCGGCCUGCUCCUGCGAUGGGCACGCUGGCCUUUCUCUCAGGGCCCGAGGUGGCCCCGGGGGGCGGGGGCCACAGCUCUGAGCAGGGGGGCCCCCAGCGGGGGUGGCGCUGGGCAGCGGGCACCUUGGCCCCAGGCCUCCGUCUGGGUCGCCCCCUGCUCCCCACCCCCCACGCCGCUGCUGGGUGCCGUCGCGGUGGCCCGCGUGUGAGGACAGGCCCGGCUCUGUGGGUCCUGAGAGCCCAGCGCGGGCCAGGCCAGGAGCCAGCGCAGCCCUCGGGGGCGGGGGCGGAGGGUCAAGAGGGGACACGUCGGAGAGGGCACUCGGGCCGCCUGGCCUGGGCCCCGGGGCUCCGGCCGCCGCCCACAUGGCCCCUGGUCCUGCCCAGGACCUUCUUCCUGAGCCCCAGCACCCAGCCUUGCUACCCGGGUCCCGAUGACCUCCUUACCAGGCCAACCUGGGCCAGGACAGGUGUGUCUGAGGUCCAGUACCUGUCCCAGCUGGGCAAAGAGCCCCUGCCCAAGCGCACUCCUGCCUGGCCCCUGCACCUCGGCCCCUCGGGGCGCCUCAGCCCUCUCCCCGUGGAGGACCCACGUCCUCCAGGCUGUGCCAGGGGUAGACCUUGGGGCAAGGCCAGGUCGGGGGAUGAGCUCACCUCCCUCCAAAUCCGGGAAGGCCACUGUCUGAGCCGUCGGCACCCACACUGGGCAUCAGGGUCUCCCGGGCCAGGACACCUGCUGGGAGCUCCUGGCCAGGCCUGGCAGGUGGUCACGCAGGCCCCGGAGAGAGGGCCCUCCGUGUGGAAGCCGCCCCCGCCUGCCCGGCCUGGCAGGCACGGCUCUGGCCCAGCCACCCCGCUCCGGGCCUGGGGCAGCUGA